UCUCCAUUGGUGAGGCGUCUUCAUUAGUCAAAAAGCGUGGGCGGGACUCUUGCUCUCUGCAGCGAGUCAAAGAGAAAGGCAAUAAAGGGAGACAGGAGCUGCACUUUGCCGACGAGCAUCUCUGCCGUCCUGCUACAGCUACAGAAAUCACUGCCCCCGGAUCUGCGAAAAAAAUAAAUAAAAAAUAAUAAUAAUACAACACAGGGACUUCUCUGGAAAAAAGGCAGAGUUCGUCAAUGUAACUCCGGUCAGUCCGAAAACUGCGCCGUUUACCUGGAUAAGUCCAUCCCGACGAGAAGAGAGAGAGAGAGAGGGAGAAAGAGAAAAAGACAGAGACAGACGCGGAGUGGAGUGUCGACAUAACAUUGUGAAGGAGAAAGAGAAGAAUAUGAUCUUCAAGCAGCAUUUGAUCUUCAUCCUUUACAGCCUCUGCGCGAACGUCUUUAAAGUGGCUGGGACAAAAAGCAAAGCGAAAGGUGGCCAAGGUCAGUUCCCCAUAACUCAGAAUGUGACGGUGGUGGAGGGGGCCACAGCCAACAUGACCUGUCGUGUGGAUUACAAUGAUAACACUUCCCUCCAGUGGUCAAACCCUGCACAACAGACUCUAUUCUUUGGGGACAAGAAAGCUCUGAGGGACCACAGAAUCGAGUUGGUGCGAGCUUCAUGGCAGGAGCUCACCAUCAGAAUCAGUGACGUCAGCCUGUCAGAUGAGGGCCAGUACACCUGCUCGCUCUUCACCAUGCCUGUCAAGACCACCAAGGCCUUUCUCACUGUUUUGGGAGUACCAGGACGACCGGAGAUCACAGGAUUCACAAAGCCUGCCAUGGAGGGGGAUAUAAUCACCCUGACAUGCACCACAACAGGCAGCAAACCAGCUGCCAACAUCCGGUGGUUCCGAAAUGACAAGGAGGUCCAAGGCACUACGAAGACGAAUGCCACAGGAAAAUCAUUCACAGUGAGGAGUAGCCUCCAGUUCCACGUGGACAGACGGGACGAUGGCGUCGCCUACACCUGCAGCGUGGAGCAUGUGUCUCUGCCCAACCCUUACAUGACAACUGAGGUCCUGGAGGUCCACUAUGCUCCCCAUCUGGAGAUCACACAUUCACUGAUUAUUCCACAAGAAGGACAAUACCUCAAAUUGGAGUGUGUUUCCAUAGGCAACCCAAUACCUGAACCAGUGCUAUGGUCUAAAGAUGGAGGGGAGCUGCCAGACAUCGAGCGUAUGAUUGUGGAGGGCAGGGAACUAACCAUCACCACACUAAACAAAACAGACAACGGCACAUACCGCUGCGAGGCCAGCAACCACCUGGGGACCAGCAGUGCUGAAUAUAUUCUGUUUGUAUAUGCCAAAGACUUUCCAGGGCCUACAACAGAUCCUAAUGCUUUAGGACAACACGGACCUGACCACGCUUUGAUCGGCGGUGUCGUUGCAGUCGUGGUCUUCAUCACCUUGUGUCUGAUAAUAGUUCUUGGACGAUAUCUGGCCAGACAUAAAGGGACGUAUCUAACACAUGAGGCCAAAGGAGCAGAGGACGCCCCUGACGCAGACACGGCCAUCAUUAAUGCUGAGGGAAACCAUGUGCAUGCAGAGGAAAAGAAAGAAUACUUCAUUUAGACUUCUGUCUAAUUCUUUUUCUUCAUUUUAUGACAACUUUUGACAGCAGACAUGCAAUUUUAAGCUGCCUCAGCGUCACUACAUGAUCUGUUUUGCUUGUUAUUAUUAUUCUUUUGUCUUCUACAGAGAGCUCAUGCUUGGAUAUGCUUGUUUUCAAAGCAUCCGCUGACAAUAUAGCCUUCUCCUUUUGUAAACAAUGUAAACCAUGUACAAUUGGAUUAUUCCCAUUUCAGUUUUACGGUGCCUAAAUGCUGUUCAGUUUUCUGUAUUUCCUUCAUCGCUUGCAUUAACUUUUUUUCUCUACUCUAUCUUAAUUUACCUGGUAUUCAACUUUCUGCAUUUUUCUAAACUUCAGAAGCAACAAGAAAUGUUAUUCAACUCGAGUUAGAGUCAAGUCAAGCUUUUCAAACAAGACUGUGUUAAAUACAUCAAUUUAUCAAACACAAAUAUCUGAAGUAUUUCUCUAGGGAUUGGUUUUGGAUGUUGCCUGGAGUUUGCCCCACCAUGGCCAUACUGCAUACAUUCAAAAAAAAUCAUAAAACCGACCAGACACAUUGACAAAACAAAACAUAGAAGCACAAUCUCUGUGAUUGUCUCUAGAUGAAAAUUCCUCUUAGCGCUGUCUAUUUCUGCAUUGAUUUAUUUUCAGUUUUUUCACUCAUGCUGUUGAUUUGUACCAACGGAGAACAAGUUAGAAAACUAAAGCACAAAGUCUGAGGACUAACAAGGAGGGAAAACACACAUCAAUUGUUCAGUUCUCAGGAUUCAAUAUGAGUCUAGAUGGAGGGACGGUGUCAGACACGUGGUUAAGAUUUUAGUACACUUGCAGAUAUUGUCAUGGAUGAGGAACUUAAAUUUUUGUUGGCGAUUUGAUGAUUCAAACUGAAUGAGUGGAACCUUGUAGGGGUUCAUUAUUUAUGUUGAAUUUUAUUGAACAACUAUGCUCAAUGUGUGGAUAUUGCUGUAACAUAUUUUGCUAACGUGAAUAUUGGUGAACAAUAUUGUUGAAUCUUGGGAUCCCUGACACACGACAAUUUGUAUAUUAGCAUAUACAGUGUUUAAAGUAUUCUACAAGUGUUUUUUUUUUUUCCCCCAUUCAUCUAAGAAAGAUGUUGUUUUGCCAGAUCACCUGUAAAUAACGUGUAAGUAUUCAAUUUUAGUAAAAGAUAAAACACUGGCUAUAGCUUUUAAUUUCAGGUCAUAUCAGUACUUUGAUGAGAUUGUUUUCACACUUCUGAAGUUUUUUUUUUUUUCAAACAGGGAUUCUACUGAAUUGCUUAAAAUGUAAAAAAACAAACAAAAAAAACCCAAAAAACAAAAAAGACCAAAAAAAUCUGGGCAAAGUAUAUGUAUUUAUUAUUAUGAUUGAUUGACAUUUAUUAUAUAAUACUAUAUUGAUUGAUAUUAUUGCUGUUACUAAAGUAGUUGUCUGACAUUAACUUUUCCAUUUUUUAAUUAUGUAUUAUCAUAAAAAAACAAUACAAGGAUCACCGUUAUGGCCUUUGAGUUUGCUGCAAACAGUACUAAUGACAUGUUGAGGCAUUGGUGAAUCAGACAUCCCCUCACUGUAUAUAGUCACUGUAUCAAAGACAUUAAACCACAUUGCCAAUGCUCAUACAUGUUAUUUUGUUAGUUCAAUAUGAUGCUAUAAAUAACUCAUUUUGUACAAAGUUUUAAUCACUGUAAUUAAUUUUGCUUUUUAUGGGGGAUGUGUGAGGUUUGCUUUUUUCUCAGUAUUGAAUAUUCAUUUUUCAACUAUGCCACUGUAAAAAAAAAAAAAAAAAA